AUGAAUUACUCGGCCCUGGAACCAGUUUCAGCCAAAACAAACAACACUGCGACGUCGGGGGUGGUGCGAACAUCCAGGAAAUGGUCACUUCCGGCAAGAACGAAGCCGGGGCGACGUCCAAUGAUGCAUUUACGGGAGAGAGUUGAUUCAUCUGACGAGCAGGACUCGAACAGGAAAGUCAAGAACAGAGAGGCUCAAAGAGCAUACAGGGAACGGCAAAUUAAUCAAGUGCAAAAUCUAGAGGAGCAGGUGGAGAAACUGAGCCAGAAAUGCGACGCUUAUAAGCAGAAACUGCACAAACAAAGCGUGGACCUUAAACGACUAGAGAAUGAGAAGCUGUUACUCGCGCACAGGAUUGAAGAAUUGGAGCAACCAGCACAGGUACCCCGAAAUGUAGCUAAAUGUGUUAUGUGUACUCAUGAGUUCUGCGUAUGCGGAGAGGUUGGUUUAGAACAUGGGCUGAAUUCUCAGCUCGAAAACAGUGCCUAUAUAACAUCUGAUCUUCAAGAGCAAAUUGACAAAUUUCAACCCAUGGAGGCUGUGGCACUGCCACGUCCGCGUCGAAAACGGAGGAAACCAGAAGGUUGUGGGAAUUUUCCAAUUUUUAAAAAAUUGAAAGUUCCCCAAGAGGAAAAGGAGCGGGCAUCCUCACCGGCCAGCGACUUGAACGCAAGCGUCGACGACUUGAACUUAGAGGUCGGGGACCAAGGUUGUGGAUUUUGUUCUGAGACAUCAACGUGCCUGUGCAAAGAGCUUGAGACACAUCCGAUAACCCCGGAAUCGACUUUCCGACACUCGUGCCAAAAGCAAAGCACUUCAUUGAGAGUUAUAACUAACAAAAAUUAA